AUGGCCUGUCUCUCCAAUCAUGCAUUUGAGUACAUCAAGUAUAACAAGGGACUCGUGACAGAGGAUAACUAUCCAUACAUUUUGAAGGAGGGCACUUGCAAGUUCAAGACUGAUUUGGCAGCUGCUUUCGUUAAGGAUGUGGUCAACAUAACAAGGUAUGAGGAAAUGGGUAUGCUGGAUGCAGUGGCCAGACACAACCCUGUCAGCCUUGCCUAUGAGGUGACCUCUGAUUUCAUGCACUACCAUAGUGGUGUGUACAGAAGCAUGGAGUGUCACAACACCACAGACACAGUGAAUCAUGCAGUGUUGGCUGUGGGGUAUGAUGAGAAGGGCACCCCCUACUGGAUAGUGAAGAACUCCUGGGGAAUGAAAGGAUAUUUCUUAUUUGAGCGUGGAAAAAACAUAUGUGGACAGGCUGCCUGCUCAUCUUAUCCCUGUCCUAUGCCGUGA